CCCUAAGCACUGCAGAGUCUGAGGCCCCGGCAGAGCGAGCAGAGCGCAACCCGAGAAAAGAAGAGCGGCGGACACCGUUAGCUUCUGCUUCGCCACUGGGGGCCGCAGUCACCUUCAGGCUUUGGGAAACAGGGAGAAGCAAACCCGGGGGGUGGAUCUGGCCCUUAGGCUCCUUCCAGCUCCAGCCUCUGCUUGCUUUUGCCCCGGCGGAGCAGGCGCUACCCAGAACGGUGCAGAGGCUUUCUCAGGACUCUGGGGGUGCUGGCACCCACUCUCUAGGUGGCUGCAGCCUCUAACAGGGCACGCCCUCGGCGCUAUUGCCGCGCCCCUCCCGGGUCCGCCCCUCCCGCCCCAGGGAGCGCGCACUCACUGCUGGAGAGUCCUGCCUGCCUUAGCUCCCCAGGCAGGGGAGUCGAUGGAGAAGCCAAACUGGGUCUCCGGACAUUGCAUUCCUGGCCGGAGUUGCCCACAGUGUCCAAGCGCGUGACGUGGCGGCUCUGGCUGAGCCUCGGAAACCGAGGUUGGGGCCGAUCAGGACGCUGAGGCCGCAUCCCCCGGCCGCUGAGAGCCUCGGCAUCAUGCAAGUGGGCACUGGCUGCCGACAGCCCAGGAAAGCCCGGGUGAAAACCUAGGCGGUUCUGAAGAUCCCGACCCCGCGCGGUGGGGGCCCCGGAGUCGCCAGGGGUGUUGCCCCAAGUGCAAAGCUUAGCCUACCCUGGAGCCUAGGACUUCUUGGCCAGGGAACCUUCGGGAAGCACGGCGUUGAAGGCCCUGUAGACCCCCACCCAGAGGCACUGGAGACGUGCAAAGACGGCUGGGAGCCAAGCGCCGGAGCAGCCUCGGAGAACUGACUGAUGGUCCAGUGUAGUCAGGGAGCUUGCAAAUUCUAAAUCAUGGAGGCCAAUCAGGAAGCUUCUCUCUUUUUGGUGAAGAUCUUAGAGGAACUGGACAGUAAGCAAAAUACUGUUUCCUAUCAAGACCUGUGCAAGUCACUGUGUGCCCAGUUUGAUCUGUCUCAGCUUGCCAAACUGAGAAGUGUGCUUUUCUACACAGCAUGUCUUGACCCCAACUUCCCAGCCACUUUAUUCAAAGACAAGAUGAAGUGCUCUGUUAAUAAUCAGCAGUCAAAGAAAAUCAUGGUGGCAGCAGAUAUUGUGACUAUCUUCAACCUGAUCCAAAUGAAUGGGGGCACUGCCAAGGAGAAGCUGCCCACCAGUGGCCACAAGGUGCGCAAGAAGGAGGCUUCCUUUGAGUCUUGCAGGUCAGACACAGAGGUGUGCAGCCCAACAGUCUGUGAGCCUCUGAACUGUGAGUUGAGCGAGAGGCCCUUCAGCAGAGGCUACCCUACUAGGCAGUCAUCCAAAUGCCGGAAGAUGGACUGCAAGGAAUGCCCACAGUUUGUCCCUGCAUCUGAGCCCAAUUUCCUGUUGGGUGUCAGUAAAGAGGUGAAAAACCGGGCAGCCUCUCUGGACAGGCUCCAAGCCCUGUCCCCAUAUUCCGUGGCCAGCCCUCAGCCCUGUGAGAUGCAGAGGACCUAUUUCCCCAUGAAUAUUGAGAAUGAGUCCAUUUCAGAUCAGGACUCUCUGCCCAUCAGCCAAAGCAUCAAAGAGACCUUCAUCUCCAGUGAGGAACCGUUUGUAGUUCAGUCCUGUGUUCAGAAAAGGAACAUCUUCAAAGAAGACUUUCACAAUCUCAUGACUGUAUCCCCCAGUUUGGUGGGUCCCACUAACAAAGCAGAGGGGGAUCAUGGGGAGUCCCAGAGUCAGAAGGAACUCCACAAGCCACCCUUCUUCAACCACAGCUUUGAGAUGCCUUACCACAACCAGUACCUGAAUCCGGUGUAUUCCCCCAUCCCUGACAAAAGGCGGGCAAAGCAUGAAAGCUUAGAUGACCUUCAAGCCUCUACCUACUUUGGACCCACUCCAGUGAUGGGAACGCAAGAGACCAGGCGCUGCCCAGGGAGGUCCAGUAAACAGACGCCAUGGCCAGCCAAAAGCUGGAGCCUAAAUACAGAGGAAGUGCCUGACUUUGAACGGUCUUUUUUCAAUAGAAAUCCCUCUGAAGAAAAGCUACGCUAUCCAAAUUCUGGCAGCCAGACACCCAAUUUCUCAGGCCCAGACAGGCAUCCAGCUUAUCUGGUGCCAAAGGAUCAGCAGAAGGUUCUCCCUGUUAGCUAUGCAGUGAAAACAAAUGGACUCAAAUCUAAAGAGAUCUCAUCCCCCGUUGACCUGGAAAAGCAUGAAGCAGUCAAGAAGUUUAAAGACAAAAGCAUCAGCUGCACCAGUGGCCAGCAUAGCUCAGACACCAGCAGUGUGGGUACCCAGACAGAACAGCAUGUGCUGGAUCCCCCCAAGUGCAAAGACUUGUGUACUUCAGGUCAGGCCAAAUACAGUGACAGGCAUGCCAUGAAGCACUCGGAUGAUGACUCAGAAAUCGUCAGCGACGACAUCAGUGACAUUUUCCGGUUUCUCGAUGACAUGAGUAUCAGCGGUUCCACAGGAGUGAUACAGUCAUCCUGCUACAACAGCACUGGCUCCUUGUCUCAGCUUCAUAAGUCAGACUGUGACAGUUCACCAGAGCAUAACCUCGCCAAAAUCACCAAUGGGGUCUCCAGCAGCAAGGGAGACAAAUGUAACCUGCCUGAAAAUGUCCACCACUCAGAAGAAGAGUUGAAGACCAGCGUGUGCAAACUGGUUCUUAGGAUUGGUGAGAUCGAACGGAAGCUGGAAUCACUGUCAGGGGUCCGAGAGGAAAUCUCACAGGUCCUUGGAAAACUCAAUAAACUGGAUCAGAAAAUACAGCAGCCGGAGAAAGUGAAUGUGCAAGUUGACCUGAACUCCUUGACCAGUGAGGCACCUUCUGAUGACAGCGUCUCUCCUAGGGUCUUCCGUGCACACAGCAGUUCUCAUGGACCCAAGCUAGAGAACAAUCCUGACUGGUGCUGCUCUGAUGCCAGUGGUAGCAACAGUGAAAGCCUGCGUGUCAAGGCUUUAAAGAAAAGCCUCUUUACCAGGCCAUCUUCCAGGUCCCUGACCGAGGAGAACAGUGCCACGGAGUCCAAAAUUGCCAGCAUUUCCAACUCUCCCAGAGACUGGCGAACCAUCACUUAUACCAACCGAAUGGGCCUCAACGAGGAGGAGAUAAAAGAUGCAGGUCCAGCUGAUAACAAAGACUGGCAUCGGAAAUCUAAGGAGGCAGACAGACAGUAUGACAUCCCCCCACAGCACCGACUGCCCAAGCAGCCCAAAGAUGGCUUCCUGGUGGAGCAGGUGUUCAGUCCUCAUCCUUAUCCUGCCUCCAUCAAGGCCCACAUGAAGAGCAACCCCAUGUAUACAGACAUGCGGCUGACUGAGCUAGCUGAGGUUAAGCGGGGCCAGCCUUCUUGGACCAUAGAGGAAUAUGCUCGAAACUCUGGUGACAAGGGCAAGCUGACAGCUUUGGACCUGCAGACCCAAGAAUCUUUAAACCCAAACAACUUAGAAUACUGGAUGGAAGAUAUUUAUACUCCAGGCUAUGAUUCAUUACUGAAGCGGAAAGAAGCUGAAUUCAGGAGAGCCAAAGUCUGCAAGAUCGCUGCUCUCAUCACUGCUGCUGCAUGCACGGUCAUUCUUGUCAUUGUUGUGCCCAUCUGCACUAUGAAGUCCUGAACCUGUGGACUCAGCAUUACAUGCAGCUCAUGACUCCCAUUGUUUUCCUCUGUAUUUCAAAAGCUCACCCCAGUGUGGCUAUCAGUUUCCUGAAAUAGAGACAAAUCAGGAUACUUUUCUAUAGUGCUGACGGCCAUCUUCAGAGACUAUAUACUCUGGGAAGAAAUCUACCUAGCUGUUAAGCUGUAAGACAUAGUUACACUCUGAUAUAUUUAAAAACAUAUAAUAUCCUUCUCCACAUAAGGAGUGCCAUGGAUUAUCAGUAAAAAAAAAAAAGUUGGAUUCUUUAAUUUUGAUGAUUCAUGGUGGGCAUUAAGUUAUACAGAACAGAACUAAUACCUGUUCUUUGGAGGCACUGAUGGUGACACGAAGACGAGAAAACCAAAGGGGUGGAAUCUGUUUCUUUGAGACUCUAAGAUUGUUGUCGUCGAUGUAAUUGGAUGUGUCUCAACAAGAAUGUGGCUUCUCUUCAGACUUUUAUCAAGGGCUAUUGACUUCCUUAUUGCCCUUCUGUCAUUGUCACUAUAGAACAUCUGAAUCACUGCAGCUCUUGACAGCAGCAUUCUGAAACUUCUUCUUGGGCCCAGGAAAGAAAGAGCUAUACUUCCAAGCCAAGCAUGAUAUGCAGAAUUCUCUUUUUGUAGAAUGGGCCGAGAUACUCAGGAUAGGCAACCUUUCUGUUGUCCCCAACAUGAUGUGGGGAAGCUUUCCAUUUGGGAUAUGCUCAACAUCUGAAGGUCAUAGCCACCCCAAAGGAUCUACUGUUCUAGCUCUGGCAUGUGGCUCUGUUCCUUGUUUUUCUAACUUUUAGUGGUAUCUGACGCUCUUCUCCGAAGAGUUUGGAACUUGUCCUUGUGCCUUGAAGAGCAGAGACAAUGGUGACACUUUGACAUUUUAACUAUAAACCACAGUUUCUGUCCACCACUGGUGUCAACCAUUUUCAGUGGCUUUAAAACGAUUUUGAAUGCGCAUUCAAUAAUGUGAUAAAGGUACUAAGGUCUCCUCAACUACAACAACAUCUACUCCAGAGUUUUAAAUAUUUGUCAUCAGUGCAAAAAAUAAUACAUAUUUAAUAAUUUAUCUAUCUACAUGUCUAAAUACCUGAUUUCUGUUUAUUCUCUUCAUUGCUAAGUAAGUUGAGAGCAAGAUUUUUUUCAAGUGUACAAGAAGCUGUUGUAAUUUUUAUUGGAGUUUGAUAUUUGUUUCCACCUGAUUGGUGCUUUGACAAUAAUUGGGCAGAAAGACUUCUUAUCAACAUCUGUGUCUAAUGUCUUACUCCAGAUUGAAGAAAGAUGGUUGUCAGAAAUGAGCAACCUUAAAUUCAUUUCACAACAAAGUGGAGCAUACACACAUCUUGGUAGUAAGAAUUAUCACUUUGGAAAGUAUGCACACUUUCUGUAAGUGGAAUCUGAAAAGCCUUUUAAUUUCUAAAGCAAUAGGAGUCCGGCAUCCAUCCUAAAUAUUUCCAGCUAAUGCUGAGCUUGCUGCACCAGAUCCUGUUGUCACUGGUGAAGAAUAGUCAGUACAUUCUAUGAUCCUAACAGAUGGGGGAUGGAUUUUCUCACCUGUAAGGGACCUGUGUUUUUAGAGGUCUUCACGCUAUCUAUUUCUAUUGAUAUGUUUACUAAUGGAUCUUCAAUUAGGUGACUGAAACUUAAGCCUUAGAAUGGAGGAUUUGUGGUUGAAAAAUGACUGAAAUGAGUACAUAAGUACAUGCAUGCAAACACACACACACACAUACAUGACUGUUGUCAGAAUUGUAGUCUUUUGGUGCUCUGUUUUAGAUUGGGCACUUCAAAUGAGGCUGUCUCUUUCACUCCAAAGAGGAUGCUAGAUUAGGUCCUUUGAGGGUCCCUGCUGCACCUCCUCCUUGUUCACAAUGACUGUGUACCACAUGCUGGUGCCGCUAUUCCACAUCCACACCACAUAUUAAGCUAUUAAGGAAUAAGAAAUAGCAGUUUUCAACCUCCUGGUCUGUGAUUUGCUGAACAACAGACAUGUAUACUUCCAGGAUAAUAAAAAAAUCUGGUGAAAUCCUCACCUGACUCCUCUGUAUUACAGUUGGACUUAUGGGAGCCAAGUAGAACACCCCUGAUAAAACUGCUGAUAUAAUGAAGCCAAUCACAUUUCAUCCAUUGCUACUGCCCUGUGGUAAAUCUGUUUCCAACGGGCAGUGUGUGAGUCGUGUGCCUAUUAGGGAGGGCAUAACUAGAAGCCUAAGCCAUGCACAGAAGUGAAAGAAUCCUGUAGAGUUUUCUAAUACCUUUUUCAUUUCUGGGGAAGUAGUCAAAGAAAUACGACCUUGUUCUGUGUCCAAGUCAAUGCUGUCACACAUUAAAAGCAGCUAGACCCAGUGAUAAUCCAGGAACUGGAUCAUGAAGGACAAAGUAAGGAAGGAGGUUUUCUCUGGAAAGUGACCACCUUCAGGCAAAUCGUACCAAGUCUGGUGUUGAAGGACCACACCUUUGCCAUACCUAGGAGGUCAUGGAUGCCCUGAGUCCCAGAAUCCCUAAAAUAUUAUAUUUAUAGUUAUACCCCCUUUGACCUCAAUUUGAUUUUCUUAGAUCCUAGACUCACUCUGGCUCCUUUAACUCCUCAAUUUUCAUAACGAAGGAAGAACAUUUACUUGACAGAAAUGUAUGCAUCUCUCACUAUAAUAUGCCCCCUUUAUCUCUUGUUGCAAUGCACCACCCCCUUUCCAAGGCAAAGAAGACUGACUGGCCUUCUGUUCUGAGUGUCUUCUUCUAUUACUUCAUAAUUUUUACAGAAAGUAUAUGUUUCGUACCCAAAUCUAAAGUCACCACAUGUUACUAAUCACUUCAUUUUUGUUGGCUCUCUUUCUUUAAUAUUAAAAAACGAAUCAGAUGACCGUUGAGGGAUUAUUUUGCAAUCAGAUGUCUAUAGGCAAUGAUGAAAUUCAGAAUCAUCUCAUAUUUUUACUGAUCUGAAAUUGUUUAAACACAGCCUUGCAGAAAAAGCAAUUGUCAAUCAAAAGAACUUUUCAGCUCUCUGAUAUCAGGCAUUUUAUUCCAGCACUCCCUUGUUUAAACUACUGAAACAAUGAAGCCAAUCACACAUUAUCUGCUGCCAGCUAAUCAUAAAUUGUUUAUUAUUUUAGGGCAUGCAGCCAUGUGAAUAAUACCUGCAAGGCUAGCUUAAUAGAUAUGCUAAAGCAAUCAGUAUUCCAAAUAUCUGUACUAUUGUUGCCAUUGUCUUAAUUCCUUGUCAGAGUUAGGCAGUGUGGAUUUUGUGAACAGUGACACCUUAUUUGUUUGUUUAUAUUUUUGCACAAAGCCCCUCUGUUAAUGGUUAAAUGGUAUGAGAAUUUAUAAAUGUUGGAAUUCAACAUACUUCCUAUUAUUAAUAUAACCAAACCUACAAGAAUAUCGUGGUCAAUUGUGUGAAUACCAAAUAAUUAUAUACUGUAUAUUGUACUACAGAAAUUUGUAUUUUAAGGCAAAGAUUUGAGUAAUUGUUGACAUAACUGAAGAGUAUGAGAUAUUUAUUAAGUAACAGAAAGAAAUGCAGCAACCUUCCUUAUUUAUGCCUUACAAACAAUAGAGUGUGAAAUGUAAGGCGGAGUUCUAUGUGAAGACCCUAAAGGGAUGGGUUUCCUUGAAGGCAGGGAUUGUGACUUUCUACGUUUGUUCUGUACAGCUCUCAGCACACUCUUGGUGCUUGAUAAAUGUUAUAUAAUACCAACGACUAAGCACAUUUUUAGAUCCUUUUUCAAAUGGCUCGUGUAAAAUUUGGUUAAUGUUGGUUUGAAGCUAUCAUGUAAAAAUCUGCCUCUCCAAAUAUAAUCAAAAUAAAUGGAAAAUAUGCAGUAACUUGUGGUGAGAUUUUAUUUUAUCCGUAAACUAGAGGGUACCAGUUUAUGAACAUGUUACACACUGUCUGUCUUGAUUCUUUUGUCUCAAACUGAAUGAUUCUGAAAUAAAAUAUCAAAAUAUGUGAGCAACCUGAUUCCCUUCCUGUCUCACCCCCACUAAAACCUCACAGAAAAAUCACCAUCAGUCACUCAGUUUGUUGAAUGUGAAGAAUAUCUCCAAAAGCAGUUUCCUGUUGUUUCACAACCACGAAUAUAUUAUUAUCUACCUAUUCUUUCUACUGAUGAAUGGAUUU